UUACAUCUUAAUAAGUAACAAAUAACAAGUAACAAGUACUUUGUUGAGAACGCUGCUUUACGUAUACGAUCCGGUGCUUAUCAGCAGUAAAUCGUUUGAAGAAUGAAAUUUUUAUUUACACACACGGUUUUUGAGAUAUAAAACGUGGUAAAUAUGUGAACAUUAGAAAUAGUACACGUGAUGGGUGGUUAAAUCGUUAACGCGUUCUAAAUCAAUGUAUAUACAUACAUAAGGAGCAUGAAAGAGAAAUAAAAGAAAAAAGAUAAGAAAAGUCAGCACUGUGUGUCGCAGAAAAUAUAAAAAUUUCUAACACUGAAGCAUAAUGGCAUCGUUAAAGAAUAAUAAAAGGUUAUCCGAAGUUUUGGAACUAUUUCUAUUACCUAAUUAUAACAUCGUGUCUACUACCUCCCUUGAUCUUCUAUUAUCUCAUAUUUCCGAAAACAUUAAAGAAUGUAAUGCUGACGAUUACGAAAAAUGCGAAAUAUUUCAAAAAUGGGUAAUUAAGGCUACAGAUGUUUGGAGUCAUGAGCACGUUCCCGUGCAGCCUAUCGUCAUAUUCACUUUAAAGCUUGUGGGUCUAGCAUCGCGUAACGAGCUGCUGUUCCAUUACUGGCAGUAUCAAGAUGUUUAUAACAAACUGUGUAACAUCUUCAAUUUACAUAAAGACGAUUUACCCAUAUCUGUUAAGAUGGCUUAUACUACAAUGUUAUCCAGCUUGAUCAAGCACAGGAGCGGCAGACAAUGGAUUAUAGAUUCUGGAGUUUGGACCGAUAUCGUUAAAUACGCUCAUGGGAAUUACACUCUUUAUGUCACGCACGAAAGUCACAAGUUCUUGUGUCAUUUACUUUUGCAAGAACAACAGAACACCGAUUUCUGUAAAGAAGUCAUUCUAACAAUGGCUACGCCGAUGAUAAACAAUACCCUGGAGUCUCCACCGUAUCGAGUAUCGGAAGACAGUUAUUUGGAUCAGAAUAAGGUACUCUGCGCUACGUUAGAUUUGCUCACUAGCAUCAUCGAGAAUACGAUAUUCGAAAACUCGGAGAACACGAUAUCCGAAUUGUGUCUGGAAAUACUCAGCUUGGACACGAGAUCGAAAGCUCUCUUCGAGGCUUGCAUCAGUACGAAACUUUUGCCACACAUUCGGAAGCUGGUGAUUCUUUGUAUGUUCGUUCCCCUUAAACGGACCGUCAGAGAGAAAAAGGAGAUGGUCGACGCCGAUGUGUCGCAAAAAUUCUGCUGGGAUCUGAGUUUCAUAACUCUGAUGCUGCUUUCAAAAACGUACGUGAUAGAGGUGGUGGAAAUCAACAAAAUAUUAAUGGUGUACUGGAAAAAGUUGCAAUCUCUGCACGAAUUCAAAUUGGGCGAAGAACACAAAUUUGAACUCCAAGUCAUAACUAUAAUGAUUGUGCCUUUGGCUGUGUGCAUUAAACACACGUACAGAGAACACGAUAUCUUCGACAUGUUCAUUACUAAAAUGUUCGACGUAACGUGCACGACUGUCCAAAGAUUGGCAUACAACGUUCGAGACGCUAUAGUUAAGAACGAUUUAUGCGUAUCACACAUCGCCAAAGUGUCUAUCGAUAAACUUCUGGAGAUGACAAAUAUCAUGGACAGAGAGAUUGCGGUUAUUACAUUCCAAGUGCUGUGCCAUGUGCUGAAAAAUUGCGUGCCCGAUGGCAACGCAGCCAAACAGUGUUUAAACGAUACAUUAAACUCGGACAAUGGACCGAGGAGGGUAAUGUAUAAGGAUCCGCUGGAAGGCGACCCGAUAGUCGAUCAUCCAAUGUUACUCUCGUCGCUUUUAAACGGUUUGGCGGUUAUGACGGAGAAAUUCAAGCUGAAAUGGCAAGAAUGCGUAGAGACGAUAUGCCUCUUGUCAUUGGCCCAAGAGAUUUUAAAUCAUCCAGGAACAGAGCCUAUGAUAUGCGUGAAGGCGUUGCAAGUAUGCAAAUUAGCGAUACAGAAUUUCAUGCCACCUAAUCUGGUGCUGUUGGUCGAAACCGAUAACCACAUGAACGAGAUCGGGCCAACGUUCUACAGAAGAUUGCACGAUAUAACCUGGAAAGUUCGGGACAGCGUAUUGGAAGUUUUAAACACUAUCGCGACCAUUUCGGAAAAUAAAUAUCCAGCGUUCCAAGAAUUCCUGUUGGCCAACGAUUUUUUGUCACUGGCGAUCGAAAUUGCCAAGACAGACAGCGAACGUUAUGUUCGUGCAUCCGCUUUGAUUUUCAUCUCAAGCACCGUUCGAAUAAAUAAAUUGUGGGACAAGAAGUUGUCACAGUUCAAUCUACCUGAAGUAGCGAUAAAUCUAUUCAACGGCGAGAGUGAAGCUAUAGUCAGGAAGGAAGCUGUAAUCCUGAUAAAGGAAUUAUACGUACAUCGCAAGUGGCCAAAGAACGUUAUCGAAACGAUAUCACGGACAAUGGCUACGGCCGCUGUGUUGGAUCUUGACUGGGAAGUAAAACAAAACGCACUGGAAUACUGGAAGCAUUUCAUAGAAUCACACUUGGCUGAUCAAGGAGUACUCGACGACCACUUCCCGAAAGUGACGUUCUCGAAGGAGCAUAGAAAAAUAGUGUCUUUAAACGAAACCGAAAUAAAACGUAGACUCAAUAAAGCGCUGGACGAGCUGGCCAAGCAGAACUGUUUGGGAGUUCUGUUGGUUACUCUGAAAGACGACAGCGAUUUCGCGGUGUGCAAAAUGUCUGCGCGUUUGAUCAACAAGUUAAAAACGUUCCUACUGAAGUAUAAACUGAACGAACCGCUGCCAGUGUCACCUCUGCCUAAAGACAGUGCCACGUUUGACACCUCUUACGUCAAAUACGAGCCUACGUUAAGUAAUAACGUUGAGAGCUGCAGUUAUACUAACGAGAAAACUACCAACGACUCUAGCAACGUGAUUGAGGAGAUAGUGGACGCUAACGAUGCGAACCUGCUAGCAUCUAUUUAUAAAAACUCGAUGACAAUGGACAGUGAACCGGAAAAGUCGGAGCAGAAGACGUUUCGAUACAUCUCCUGCGUAACCAGGGAGUCGUUUUUACAAACGAUCUUCAAUUCAGACAUUUACGCUUACAUCGAGGAGAAAAACCGAUGGUUGACCAGCUACACCACCAGUUUUGAAUCGGUCGUGGAGGAUAUACUUACGAUGUAUACAAAAAACGAUGUGAACACGAUGGACUGCUACUAAUUAAGAAUAAUGUACCUUAUUAAAUGCGUGUAAACCAGAUGAAUUUUAAUCCGGCCAGAAUAAACAGUCGGUAAGCAAUCUACUUACCGCAUACUCGUAUUUCGAAUCCCAUUAUAUUAUGUACCGAUACACGUAUCGCGUAGAAUCAAGUUACUAAUAAUUAGUUGUGAAAAUAAUUGUAUUUGCCGUGCAUAAAAAGAGGUACAUAAUAUAUAUAGAUCGAUACAAUACAUAAAAUGUAAUUCCUUACAGGUGAUAGAUCGUGCAUUCUUCUUCGUGCAGGUAAUUAUAAAACAAUUUAAUGAAUACGUAUGUUUAAAAUUGAAAAAAAUAACAGAUAAUAUUGUUAUGUACGCUCGUUUAUGUAUAAUAUCUAUUUUUGUUAAAACGAGAAAAUAAAAAUCUUUUUUAUGUCUAA